AUGCCUUUCGAACAGUAUUUGAUCUCUCGUCAACGCGCCUGCUACAAGUCGCCGUUGUCCUACAAGUCACUCGACCCCACGCCAGAAUGCACCACGGACAAGUACACGACCUUCUUCCGGAAGCGGUGGGACGCCCUCGCGACGAAGGAUCCGUGUCGACGCAACCCUCGAAAAAGAGAUCCGCGUGCCCACUGCAAGAUAAAUCCAUUUAAGGAACACCACGCGAGCAAGGCGGAUGGAAAUGAUGAUGACAACGUCUGCAUCGAGCCGACUCAGGGGUGGAUGUCGAACUACAAGAGGGACUUUCCUGUCCCGUACUCGCACAAUAAUGUGGAUGACUGCUGCAAAGCGCCCUGUCCAUGUGACCAAAAUUCCAUCAAACCACCGCAGAUUGACUAUUGCUGUCAACCGAAGGAGGAGCUGCCCCCGUUGGACGAUAUGACGACACACCGCUGCUUCUUUUACGAGAAACCUGUCCCACCGCGACCUCAGAGGCGGGUGGAACCCUAUGUUCCGAACCAUUGUCCGAUGGAAGGAGCAACUUCGUACAGAUUGGAUUUUCCGCAUAAUAAACGUGUCCCCAAUGGUCCGGUGACGGCAGCCGUGACGAAACAUGGGAUGUGGUCGAUGGAUCAAUUUUCGGAAGAACCACUUUCCGAAGAAACUGAACAUUUGACUCAAUUUCCACCCAAAUGUGACACACAUCGUCGACCUAUUCUGCCCAGAAAUAGUCUCACUUCUGGAACCGGGUUAUUUGCCAAAGCGUCGGAAACAUGCUACCAGUAUGGACCGAAGACGGUGAAGUAUCCCCAAAUUCCGGACUGGGUGUUGCAGGAUUCAGUCUGGGUUCCGCCAUGUCCGGAGAUGGACGAUUGCACGACGUACAAACAUUUCUAUGUGGAACAUCCCCUGCCAAAGUAUCCUCCAAGGAGUGACGUCAUGACCUCUCCCGGGGCCAUCCCAUUUCCCACCCUAAACAACAUGUGGUACACUUGCUGUGAUCCGAAAGUAGAGCAACGCACGCCCGUCGAACUCAAGGAUAACGAUCCCUGGCCGUACGUCAAACCUUGCCCGAUUCGAUACCAAGAUAAUCUUCAGACCGAUCCGUGUGCUCCGUUUCGAGACGAAACCACGCAAAAGUUUGACUUUACUCCGAAACGGAAUUGUUCUAAAAUUACGAACUAUGCGCCUUGUCAAGGAUACACGCCACCCAUUCAACCCUUCAAUGAUGACACCACGAACCGCAUCUCGUUCCGAGCCUAUAAUCAAACCGAGUACAAAAACGCCAAGUUUAGUGCUGGCAAUACCUGCGGAAAAGUUUGGGGUCCGUUUCAAUGUCCGCCAAAAGUGGAUACAUGCCUUCCCCGAUUCCCAGCGCCAUACGGUCAUCCGCUCAAACCAUUCACCAAACAAUGUCCCUGCGGCCCAUUCGAUGACCGAUCCACGUAUCAUCACGACUUUAAAUUCCGCAGCAAAGAAAUGGUCCGUCUCCUUGAGGAGGAAAUGUGCGAGACGAUCUCCGUCCAACGGGGGACGUCGCUCUAUCGCCACGACUACGUUUUGCAAGAGGGUCACCGUGCCGAACGGAUGCCACCACCGCCGAACAAAGGGGGUCGCUGCGUGAACCCGUGCUCCUUCCAAGAAACCGACACCCUGUAUCGGAAACAAUUCAGGGACUUUUGGAAGAUGGGGGAUCGCAAAAAGCUGGAACUUUAUCGCGGCAAAAGAACCGAUCCGGCCGCCAUCAAGAAACAACGCGAAACGGAAGCGAGCAUUGAGCAGGAACCGUACGAAAUUAUAGCAACACCGGCAGGAACCACGGUGCAGGAUGUGUUGAGAGACUUGGAAAUGAAGCAGAAAAGUAAUAAUUGUGAGAACUAG